GUGUUUGGCAAAACAAAUCAUCGCGAUAAGUGGAGUGAGAUGUGCAGCAGACAUGGCACCAAAUUUUGAAAACAUCUCAGUCCUAAACACACACAGUUCAAUAGGAGGACGAGAAGACGGGCAGUUGUAGUCUGUUUACGGUACAACAGGAUAUACCUCUUUGGAAUGUCCGACAUUUCUAGCUACAUUUUAGCUAGAAGUAAGUAAACAACACUUCGACACUAACUUUCUGAAACAAUAGCUAGAUCAGUUUGAAACACCAGACCCGUCACCUGGUGAAUCUUUGUGUUUCUACAUCUUAAAGGGAGUAUGGAUCACUGUCUCGGACCAGAUGUCAAUUUCCACAGCCUCAAAGACCUGCAAUAUGGAGCUUGUCAUGACAGUGGAUACCUGGACAGUGGUUACAGCUCUAAAAUUGAGAGUGGAGACGAUUUUAACCUCUCAAAGUGUUUUUCUUCAGAUGGUUUGCAUGAAACGCCUAAAGAGAACGUUUCACAGAAAUGCGAACCUCUGUCACCCAGAAAGAACAGACAAAAAGAGUCUGUCAGAAGUCCACUGAAAGACAUUCUGAAGGAGCAGCCUUUACAGAACGGCUGGUGUGAAACUCCUAAAGUAUCCAGGAAAGAUCCUUUGCUGAGACGACGUCUCCUCAUGUCUAAAUCUGCCCCGGAGGGUAAAACUGCAGACGAUACAGAAACACCAUGCACUAAAAGGACGGACUCGUCAGCGAAUGGGAGAACUGAACACGGCUCAAAUGGGGUCUUUGACUCACCAGAUGCCUUUACUGUUGGCGCUUUGGCUACGAGCACUUUAAAACCAGAAGAUGUGCUUCUCUCCGGCAGGAAACUGCGCCUCCUCUUCUCUCUUGUAAAAACCUCAACACUUGAAGAUGGUAAAUGCAACACGAACAACGGCGCUCUCUUUGAGAGAAAGUCGUCCGAUACGUCGCUCUCGGAUGCAGACCUGGAAGAGAGCAUCGUCCCCUCAGACCUCCUUACCACUGAGAUGCUGGAGACCCCACGCUAUAGCAGAGUAACACCCUCGGUGAAAGAUCAUUUCCAAACUCCAAUCGACAACGACGUAGCAGCUAACCUCUCGGACAGCCCGAGUGUCCUGAGCACCCCUACUCCUAAACACCACUUUGACACCCCGUCCUCCACCCCUACUCAUAAACACUAUGACCGCUUUGUGUCUGACGACAGCGGCUUCAGCUCCUUGGCUCUGGAUAAAUCCCAGGACUCCACGGUAGACAAUGAUGGUUCCUUCCAGGAGCUGCUGCUGUUGUCAUCGGGUAGCUCCAGGUGCAAGGAGACCCCCAGCAGGCUGGCUGAGAUGAAGAGGAGGUCCAGACUGGAGCGCCAGCGUCGCCUGUCCACUCUCCGAGAGGGCGGUUCCCAGUCUGAGGGGGACCGGGACGUGAGGAACCUGGCAGCCCACAGAACUCAUGGCAGAGAGAAGAACCUGAUAUCCCAGGGACAUCUGGAGCGCAGCAUCAUCGACGAGGAUGACGACAGUGACGUCUUCCCGGAUGUGACACCGCCGAAAACAACCACCGCUAAGCUAGAGGACCUGUCCUUCACGCCGGCCCUGCAGAUGGUCCAGGCCCUGUCCCAGAGGACAUCCAGGAUGUUGCUGGAGCACACCAGUCUGGAGGAACUGCUGAGGGUCUCUGAGAAGGAGGCCUUCAGGACCACCAUGCCUCUGGCUGGGCUGAUCGGCAGGAAGAUGGGCCUGGGGAAGGUAGACAUCUUUACUGAGCUGAAGAAGAAGAAUCUCAGACAUAUCCUGGCUAAGAUCCUCAAUCAGCUGUCCUCUGAAGAUGUCUAUAGGGUUGGUCAGGUGUCCCGUAGCUGGAAUGAGGUCAUAGUUCAGGACAAGGUGUCCAGCCGCAGGAGGAGACACUACCUGAUGGACGUCAAGGCAGCUCUGGAGCUUGGCAGCGCAGUCCAUGUCCCUGAUGCAGAGACCAGGUUGACCCUGCUGAGCCGGUCUGCCCUGAAGUCAGUUCAGGCCCAGUCCGGGACCCCCAGGACCAGCGUCCGUGGUACCCCCCAGUCAGGAACGGGCACUGUAACCCCCGUCCAGCACAACUCAGCCAGUAAACAGGACCUGUUCAUACAGGUGGCCAAAACCCUUUUCGUUGACGAAUGUCUGAAGUCCUGCCCUCGAUGCCGGCACCCCGCUAGGUGUCACUCGGUAAAGAUGGAGGGCGUGUGUAGCGGCGUUGACUGCGGCUUCCGGUUCUGUACCGCCUGUCUUUGUACCUUCCACGGGUCCAGAGAAUGCGCUAGCCUGUCGGCCAAACGACGCGGCGGGAAGGACGUUCUUCCCGGGAGCGCUCGGAGUAAACGCAAUGUCAGGAGAUUGUGAAUGUGUUUUUAUUUUUAUGUGUUUAUUUGCAAUUAUUUGUACUUCCUGUUCCUCUCUUUUUAAAUUUGUUUUAGCUUGAAUGUAUUUUUUAAAUUAUGUGUCGGCGAGGAGCACUGCCAGUAGAAUCAGAGAUGAAAUGGCUACUGAAUGCUGGCCUCCUCCUGAGCUAAUUCAUUGGUGUACAAAAAUGUUGUUUCUCUUCUCAACUGGAUUUUUCAUGGGGGUUUUAUAUGAACGUUUCUGUAAACUACUGUAUAUUGUCUACAUUUACACAUUUAAUUUUAAUAAAGUUAUACUUUUUACAUAUUUUAUUUGACGUUGUCUCAUAGGCAUGUGAACAAGGACGUAUCAUACUACACCGGCUCCGACGCUCGUUUUAUGUGGCGUCCGCCCCAGUUAUAGACUGUUCACUCUACUACCGCAGGGCCAAGUCUAGGACAAAAAGGCUUCUCAACAGUCCCCCCCGUCCCCCUAAGCCAUAAGACUCCGGAAUGGGUAAUCAAAUGGCUACCCGGACUAUUUGCAUUGUGUGCCCCCCCCCCCCUCCCAACCCCUCUUUUUACGCUGCUGCUACUCUCUGUUUAUCAUAUAUGCACAGUCACUUUAACUAUACAUUCAUGUACGUACUACCUCAAUUGGGCCGACCAUCCAGUGCUCCUGCACAUUGGCUAACCGGGCUAUCUGCAUCGUGUCCCACCCGCCAACCCCUGUUUACGCCUCUGGUACACUCUGUAUAAUAUAUAUGCAUUGUCACUUUAAAGAUACCUACAUGUACAUACUACCUCAAUCAGCCUGACUAACCGGUGUCUGUCUGUAGCCUCGCUACUUUUAUAGCCUCUCUUUUUACUGUUUUAUUUCU